CAAGCCGGCAGCUGGUUGGCGCUUGCACCUCGGCGGCGGCUGCUCAUCCCGCCACGUGCUUUUGGCGGCCAGAUAUGGAGCUGGAGGAGUCGGGCAUCCGAGAGGAGUGUGGCGUGUUCGGCUGCAUCGCCUCGGGAGAGUGGCCCACGCAACUAGAUGUGCCGCACGUGAUCACCCUGGGGCUCGUGGGACUGCAGCACCGGGGUCAGGAGAGUGCUGGAAUUGUGACCAGCGAUGGAAGUUCUGUACCAAAGUUCAGAACACACAAGGGAAUGGGUCUUGUGAAUCAUGUCUUCACUGAGGACAACUUGAAGAAAUUAUAUAUUUCCAAUCUCGGGAUUGGACACACGAGGUACGCCACGACUGGAAACUGUGAGUUAGAAAACUGUCAGCCCUUUGUGGUUGAGACGCUGCACGGCAAAAUAGCGGUGGCACACAACGGCGAGUUGGUCAACGCAGGCCCCUUAAGGAAAAAGCUUCUCCGUCAUGGUGUUGGCCUAUCCACAAGUUCUGAUAGUGAAAUGAUCACCCAGUUACUGGCGUGCACCCCUCCUCAGGAGCGAGACGAUACCCCAGACUGGAUAGCAAGGAUUAAAAACUUGAUGAGCGAGGCCCCGACAGCAUAUUCCCUGCUUAUCAUGCACAGAGACGCUAUUUAUGCAGUGCGAGAUCCAUAUGGGAAUCGUCCUCUGUGCAUUGGCCGCCUUAUUCCCGUACCUGAUAUAAAUGAAAAAGGAAAAAACCCUUUAGACCCAGAAGGAUGGGUGGUGUCUUCAGAAUCGUGUAGCUUUUUAUCAAUUGGUGCCAUAUAUUUCCGGGAAGUCAUGCCUGGAGAAAUUGUGAAAAUCUCCAGACAGGACGGUGUGAAAACACUUGAUAUCAUACCAAGGUCUGGAGGAAAUCCGAUGGCUUUUUGUAUCUUUGAAUAUGUAUAUUUUGCAAGACCAGAUAGUAUAUUUGAAGGCCAAAUGGUGUACACGGUGAGAUACCGCUGUGGGCAGCAGCUGGCAAUUGAAGCCCCUGUAGAUGCAGAUCUGGUCAGCACGGUUCCCGAAUCUGCCACGCCAGCCGCUCUGGGUUACGCCACAAAGUGUGGCCUUCCGUAUAUAGAGGUGCUAUGUAAAAAUCGGUACGUUGGAAGAACCUUCAUACAGCCAAACAUGAGGCUGAGACAACUUGGUGUUGCAAAAAAAUUUGGAGUAUUGUCAGACAACUUUAAAGGCAAAAGAAUUGUGCUUGUAGACGAUUCAAUUGUGAGAGGCAAUACCAUCUCGCCCAUAAUAAAAUUACUCAAAGAAUCCGGUGCAAAAGAGGUACACAUUCGAGUAGCUUCACCGCCAAUUAGGUACCCAUGUUUCAUGGGGAUAAACAUUCCCACAAAAGAAGAGCUUAUUGCCAAUAAGCCAGAAUUUGGACAUCUUGCAGAAUAUUUGGGUGCAAACAGUGUUGUGUAUCUGUCAGUAGACGGACUGGUUUCAUCUGUACAAGAAAGGCUACCAUUUAGAAAACAGAUAAUGGAAAAGCAGGAAACCAGCAGGAUCCAAGAAAACGGAAACGGUCCGAAGUGCUUUCAGAAGUACAGUCACUGUACAGCAUGUCUCACUGGAGAAUACCCUGUAGAGCUGGAGUGGUAGCUACGGAGGGCGCACGGGUUCUUUCAAAGUACACAUUUGGUCAAGAAGUUACGGUGAUCACACCUUACCAACGCACUGUUCCCUGGUUGCUGUUUGUGGUUGGUGCUGCCAAGGCUGGUUCCAUUUACAACAGAUAGCUCCAUCCUGUUCCAUCCUUACCACCACUGCUGUGGUGGAACCCAUUGUUACAGCCUGUCUUUCUGAAGGUCUUCCUCCUCUUGGCUGCCCCUCUGCUCUACCAAGGAUGA